AUGGUUACUCAAACGCCAGAAUCAUGUGACCCACAUAAAAAAUAUGAGUUAUGGAUCGAUCCUACGGAUAAUAGUACCCUCUAUAAAAAUGAUAGCACCUUUGAACCACAUUAUCUUCAGACAGAGCCACAAAUUGUAUCCCUUGAAAGUUUCAAUUACCCUGGGUAUUAUGUUUCACAUCAUAAUUUUCUUGGAUUUAUUCUCAAAGUAAACCAAUCAACUGAUGUUAUGGAUGACAUUCAAUUCAAUUUAGUUGACGGUUUGGAUGGCCAAGGUUAUAGCUUUGAAAGUGUAAACAAUCCAGGCUAUUAUUUGAGGCAUCAAAAUUAUCGUAUCAAACUUCACAUACAUGAUGGCUCAGAUUUAUUCAAAAAAGAUGCUUCUUUCCAUGCUAGAAUAAACACUGACUACAAAAAUAAUACUGACAACAAUCCUAAUGACAACAGUAUAAAUAAUACUAACAACAAUCCUACCAACAACAGUAUUAACAACAAAAGUAAUACUAAUAGUAGAGAAAGUAGUCCAAAUAUAGGAUUAAUUGUUGGCGCUUCUAUCGGAGGAUCAAUUACGACUUUAUUAUUUCCAAAUGUAAAUGGAGGAAAUAAUGCAUCACCUGGUAAUGCUACUUCUGGUCAGCAAUUUGUUUUAUAUAAUGUGGAUGAAUUCGAUGGGGCAAAUAAAAGAAGUAGUGCAGAAACUCUUAAAAGUCAUGGUGAAGUGCAUGUUGAUUAUUUUUGA